AUGCGUCCUGCCCUCCAGCGAGGUGUGAGGACAUUGUCCUGGACUCGAGUUGUUCCUCGUGUUCAUCGACAGACAAGAUAUGUUCAGAUUCGCGCGACACCAUCUGCGGAUCCCACGGUGAAUGGGGAUCACCUACCCCUCGCCAACACAGCUAGUUCCGCUGAAUCGCGAGAUGCGCGAUUCGAUGUUGUCGGCGCCCCAUAUUCACUCCUUUCGGCAUCGCUUUCGGCCUCACAAAACUUAUACACGCGCCGAGGAACCUUGGUAGGAUUAAGCGGCAAGGCAGACAAUGUGGUUUCGACUUUGAGCGUUCUGGAACCCUUCCGCAGGGCGGCUGUCGGAGUGCCUUUCCUCUACCAAAAGGUUUCUUCUGCCAGUCCGGUGACUGCGCUUAUCUCGACUCGCUCCCCGACUACCUCUUUUACCGUGGUGAAUCUUAAUGGCUCGGUCGAUUGGAUGGUUGCUCAACGUCGCGCUCUGCUUGCUUGGACGGGCCGGUCUCUGUCCAUCAAGCCCACUAUCAAUACAAAUCUGGGCUUGGCUCAUUGGGGUAGCUCAGAAGUGACUGGAAGAGGUUUGGUCGCCUUAGUUGGCAACGGCCAGGUAUACUCGGUAGAGUUAAAGGAUGGCGAACAGUAUAUCGCUCACCCAAGUAAUGUGGUCGCUUAUACCAUGUCCUCCAAUCCUCCUCGUCCCUACCGCUUCAAAUCCACCACACUUAGCUUCCAAGUCCCAGGCCUUAAGGUCUUACCGCGAUUGCUACAAAACAACAAUUUCAUUCGAAACGUUUCAAGCUCCAAUGCCUGGAAAAAGACCAUGGGCUUCCUCCACACGCUACGAACCUGGUCCCGCAUGACAAUCUGGGGUGAUAGACUUUUCUUACAGUUCGACGGCCCUGCAACUGUCCUCGUUCAAUCCCGUGGUCCUCGUUUGAACGACGUUCUUUCCGGUCGCGAGGUGAACGAGAUCGCCAAUACACCCAGCGGCGUAACUCUUUCUCGUCAGGAAUUCGAGAACGACAAGCAGGCCAAGGCCAAUGAGGAGGUCGUGGUCGGUAUUACCCGUUCCGUCGCGGACGUCACCCAGGAGAUUAAGGGUAUUAGCCAAAAUGUUGCUAAGAUUCGCCCAGAUGGCAUACAAAAUGCUUGA